AUGCCAGUAAUCUUGUUUUUCCUACUGCAGGAUCAGCUGUCUGUGGCUCUGGAGAGAGUUCAGCUCCAGUCAGAGGAUGCCUCACUUUUCCAAAAACAAACCAAUGAGAAAAUCCUUCUCAUCAAGGAGCGAGCUGGUGAUUUGGAUGAGCAGAUCACUGCGGAGUUUGGUGGUCUGAGGGAGUUCCUCCAGGAGGAGGAGGAGCGUGUGAAGGAGGAGGUGCAGAAGCAGAAAGAGGAGCAAGUGAGGCAGCUGGAGGACGCGCUCACAGAGGCCACGCAGCAAAGUAGUCGGCUGGAGAACACGGUGGAGCAGCUCCAACUCAAACUGAUGGAGGAAGACAACCCUGAGCAACUGAAGGGGAUUAAAGACUUCAUUGGAGGGGCUGAGAGUUUGUUUGAGCGCCCCCCAGAGGUGAGUGUGGAUCUGCAGUCAGGACAGAUUCUUGGACCUCUGCAGUACAGGACCUGGAGGAAGAUGAGCCAGGUUUUCCAGCCAGCUGUGACUGCAGUGGUCCUGGACCCGGACACGGCCUACCCCUGCCUGUGGGUUUCCUCGUGUGGCACCAGCGUCCAGGUGGGCAAACUUCAGCCUAACCUGCCCAACAACCCGGAGCGCUUCACCCGCUACAACAUCGUCCUGGGAACCGAGGCCUUCUCUGCGGGCCGACACUACUGGGAGGUGGAGGUGGGCUCCAAGACGGCGUGGGGUCUCGGCGUGGCUCAAGCCUCCGUCAACAGGAAGGAGGAGGUCAACCUUUGCCCCGAGGACGGUUUCUGGACUGUGGUGCUGAGGGACAACGGAGACGGCACGUGCGAGUACGAAGCCUGCAUGGACUCGGAGGAGGACGGCUUGUUGUAUCCCUCCAAGCCUCCUCGGCGGGUGGGCCUCUUUUUGGACUACGGCCGCGGAGAGGUGGGCUUUUAUGACGCCGGGGACAUGAGCCACCUGUUUACCUUUUACGAUGCCAAAUUCAAAGAGCCAGUUUUCCCUUACUUCAACCCCUGGCCUAUUAUGAACGGAUACAACCGGGAGCCGCUCACCGUCGUCACACCACACUGGCAUUAGACGUAUGGAUUAUUUUAUUCUGCAAAAAGUAUUUACCUGUAACAUAAAAAAAGACCAAAAAGUUAGCUGUAAUAUAUAUUUGAUUAAUUAUAAAAAUGUUUUGCUAAAUGUCACUGUCCUAAAGAAGCGGAAUGAUUUUUGCAAUUGCUAUCUUUUGCCACAAGAGGGCGCCAAUGCCCACUAAUGCUGCUGUAGUUACAUUUCUGACUUUCUACACUUAAAUGACUUACUAUACUUCCUCAAUAAGUUGUAUUAUUAUAUUUUAAGAAGCUAGCAAUUUAGCACAAUGCUUAUCAUAUUCUUUAUGUGUAAAAAACCCAAAAACAGACAACAUUGGGACACGGCGUGACCUUGAAAUGAACCUGGAGUAAACCUAGUGAAUAUCUAUUUCCACUUCAUCAGCUGAUAGUCUUUCUUUUUGUCACUUUGAUGAACUGACGGUGUCGCACUUCCAUUACAAACUAAUAAAUUAUGAGAAGAUUUGACCUGAAUAAAAGUAUU